AUGACGUAACUCCGGGAAACUAUAAAGUUCCGGCCUGGGGCCCACGCCGGCCUUUUCCAUCAGGCUCCGCGCUCUCAAAAUGGCGCCGAAGGACAGGAAGGCCAAGCGGGCGGCCUGGAAGUUCAGCCUGGACCUCACCCAUCCCGUGGAAGACGGGAUCUUCGACUCGGGCAGCUUCGAGCAGUUCCUGAAGGAGAAGGUGAAGGUCAAUGGAAAAACUGGAAACCUGGGGAACAUCGUUCACAUUGAACGUUUGAAGAACAAGAUCACGGUGACAUCUGAGAAACAGUUCUCGAAAAGGUAUCUGAAAUACCUCACAAAGAAAUACCUCAAAAAGAACAAUCUUCGUGACUGGCUUCGUGUGGUUGCAUCUGAUAAGGAGACUUAUGAACUGCGCUAUUUCCAGAUCAGUCAAGAUGAGGAGGGAUCAGAAUCUGAGGAAUGAAUUAAGCUCUUACUUUAUCAUCUUAAACACAGUGUACAAAAGACUAAACCAGUAUUUAUGAGAGCACUUUAACUUAUUGGUGAAUAAAGAAUUUGUACCUUGUUUAGGAAAAUA